GGAGCGGCGGUUAGCGGCGCGGGGAGCCGUUGGCGUGGUGGUCGGUGGUUGCCGAUACCGGGCCGGCCUCCGGGCGGGAGGGCCGAGGGGGUGAGCCCAGGCCGGGGGUGCCCCUCAGCCCCGUUAGCCUUAGAUGUUAGUGGAAGAGGAUUCUGCGGCGUGUGGAAGCGAGGGUUGAGCAUGAACAUGGCAGAAGGGGACACACUGAUAUCAAUGGAUUAUGAGGUUUUUGGGAAGGUGCAAGGGGUGUUCUUCCGCAAGUACACUCAGGCUGAGAGUAAAAGGCUGGGAUUGGUAGGCUGGGUCAAGAACACAGACCAGGGCACAGUGCAAGGACAACUGCAAGGUCCCAUCUCUAAAGUACGUCGUAUGCAGGAAUGGCUUGAGACAGAAGGAAGUCCCAAAUCGCACAUCGACAGAGUAAACUUCCAUAAUGAGAAAGUCAUCUUAAAGUUGGAUUACUCAGAUUUCCAAAUUAUAAAAUAAUGCCCUGAAUUCAAAUUUUCCACGAGAAACUCAGAGGUUUUGCUUUUAUUGUUAAUAGAGAUAAAAUUAUUCUGAGUAAUAUUAGAAUUUGUAAGUUAUUUUAGUUUCAGAUACCUGAAUGUGACUGUAUAUAAUAUGUAUGAUGGAAGGAAUGAUUACAACUGUACACAAUUCUAAUAAAAACACAUUAGAACCA